AUUGCAGAUGGAUGAUGGGGUGAUGCGGCGGACUCAAUCACGCCGCAGCUCCGACAUCCGGGACCGGUCACGUGGGUCACCGUGCAUUGAGAUAUCUUUCGGUUACUUUUACAGAAGCUGCAGCUCACCAGUGUCGCAACCUCGGGGAAUAAAAGAUGCCUUCAUCUAGGGAAGACGACCACACGGAUCGCAAGCGUUCGCGAAAGUCUUUCGCCUCUCGAAGCCCCGAUCGCGAGCAACGGCGGCGUCGCGACGACCAUUAUGCGCAUAGCUCACGCAGACACCAUCGGAGCUCGCGGAGGGACAGUUCAAGAAGACGCUCGUCACACAGUCCGUCCAGCCGAACCAGCCAUCGUAAAGAGUACGAGCGCCGUCAUCCAGAACGAACAGAAGAUCCAGACGACGAUCGGAAAAGACUCAGACAUCGUUCCCCGGAGGAACGCUCACAUCGCCGACAUUACGACCGUCACGACCGUCUCUCACACAAUCAUAAGGAAAAGUCCUCGCGGAGAGAUAGGAGCUACUCACGGUCUCGCUCGCGCUCACCCGACAGAAGUUUGCCGGCGCGCUCGAAAGCACCCCUUCCCUCCCAGCAAGAUGCAUACAAGACAGAGGUUCCACGCGGCGACGACGAGGCCCCUCCGCCUGAGAAAGAGAAGCCCAAUUUCGGUAAUACAGGUCGCUUAGCUGCAGAGAGUAACACGGUGACUGUCGGUGGGGGUACAGUUGUCCUCAAAUACCACGAGCCUCCCGAGGCGCGCAAACCACCAGCGAAGGAGUCAUGGCGGCUCUACGUAUUCAAGGGGAAGGAUCUACUCGAGAUGGUGGAAUUGAACGAGCGAAGCUGCUGGCUCAUUGGACGAGAAAGAUUGGUUGUGGACUUUCCGCUCGACCAUCCGAGCUGCUCGAAGCAGCAUGCAGCGAUCCAAUUCCGAUUUGUUGAGAAGAGGAACGAAUUCGGAGACCGCAUCGGCAAAGUCAAGCCGUACGUGAUCGACCUCGAAAGCGCUAACGGCUCAAAGGUUAACGGGGAACUGGCUCCUGCGGGACGAUACGUCGAACUGCGAGACAAGGAUAUGCUUCAAUUCGGCCUGAGCUCUCGCGAGUACGUCCUUAUGCUUACCCAACCUGACUAGACGUACUACGAAAAUCAGUCGCAACAAAAAUGGUUGAUCACAUCAUCAUAUCAUUCGCAAAUAAUACUAUACAGCGUACCGGAAAAGACAUAUAUCCGAGUACAUCUCAAAUCAAAGAAAUGGUCAACAUCUCUUUAUGACUUCACGUCACUGGCAAACUCCUUAGCCUUUCCCUUUGCCUCACCAGCAACCUCCUGUGCCUUGCCCUUGCCCUUGCCCGCCAACUCGGCAGCCUCGCCCUUUAGCUCUCCGACUUUCUGUUCUGCCUCGCCACUUGAACUUCCGACGGCCUGCUUAACCUUGCUUGCGGCAGCCUCUGUACAUCAAUUAGCAUCCUCUUGACAAUCAAUCCAUGCAUCACUAGGAAAGAGGAGCGAGAACAUACCACCAGUCUCGAUUCCCUUGACUGCAGCGUCAGAAACAACGCGGUCCGCCUUCUUCAAGGUACUCUUUGUAGCAUCAAUAGGUCCGGACUCGCGCUUAGCCGUUGAGGAAACAAAUCUCUGGCCGGCAACUGCAACGGAGGGUGUAGCUCGCGCUGUGCUCAGAGGAGCCGCAGUGCGGGCGGUGGUAGCGAAGCGUGUGAGGAAAGACAUUGUGAUACUGUGUAACUGGUUAUCGGUGAUAGAUUAGGGUUGGUAUUGCGUGUGGAGGAGGAAAACGAAGUGUCAAUGGUUAUUGUAUGAGUCGAAGCUUUCAAGUUUGAAAUAUAGUAUGAGUUCGAAGCUACAAAGCUCUUUGCCUCUGUAUAUAUACCGGUUGAUGGAUUCUGUUCGUUCAAUGUCGUCACACUGACAUGAAUAUGUAUGACGUCGGUCCCGACCAGGGAUCCGGCUAGAGCUUCACCACAUGCUCCAUUUUGAGAUCUUAUAGAAUACGAUGAUUUAGUACUACGUAGCUCUUGUACUAGUUCAAGUUUAUGGAAUCGAACCGCUGGGGCAUGGAGAACUACUACUUGUUGGUCGUUGAUGCAGUGGCCAUCAUUUCAGUCACUCCUGUUUCUCUAAGUAUGAUAUGCUCUUACGAAGUAAACUCGUCCACUUGAGGAAGGUGCGAAGGGCGGUGGGUGAGUCGCACCUUCCCUUGUUGUAGAACACAUCGUGCCUUCCUGUUUGGGGCAGACACUUCCUAGAGGAAGGUGCGGCCUACCAA